AUGGAUCUCCCCCUCGCUUCGUCCGCCAGGUGUGAGCUGCGCUCAGUGAUCCGUUUCCUGUCUGCAAAAAACAUUGCGCCGGUAGAAAUACAUACCCAGCUAUGCGAAAUCUAUGAAGACAAGUGUAUGAGCGUACAACACAUGCGCAAAUGGUGCAGAGAGUUCAAGAACGGGCGUACUGACGUCAAUGAUGAGGAGCGUUCCGGACGGCCGUCUAUUUCUGACGAAACAGUCGCAAAAGUGGAGGAAGUGAUGCUCUCAGAUCGAAGAAUGACGGUUCGUGAGCUCUCCGAAAUGAUCCCUGAUGUCAGCAAAACCUCUAUUUGA